AGCCCUAUUACACAACACGAUCUCACCUUGCCUUCCUUCCCCGCCGUCAAGCCGCACACCCCUUCGUAUUUGCUGCACCAUGCCAUGCCGCUGAGCUUUCGUCAUCCUUCCUGCCUUCCGCCCUUCUCUUCGCCUUCCGAGUCUCACACACACCCCGGGCCAGCGCACUCUUUUGUGUCAGUCUUUAGACCGGGGCAUGACUCAUUUUAUGCUUUCUUUAGCAGUGCGCUGUCUCGUAGAAGGUCCAGGGUCAGACUCGGACUCAUAUUGCGACUCAAUUUCACCAUCCCAACUCACCCCACAACCGCACACCCACCCUCUUAACCAUGUCCGUCGAAGCACUCCUCACCAACUUCUCAAAGGACAUGACAGGCGAAGAGAUCCAGGCGCUCGUGCUGCAAGCCAAAGGCGCGUCCGUGUCUACUCCCACCACCACCACCACCACACCAGGCGCUCGGUCUGUCGCGUACGACGCGUUCCAGGCGCCGAUCCUGCCGUCGACGAAUGGGUUUGACUUCCAUAUCUAUCACAUGCAAAACAUCGCGUCGGAGGCCAAAUUCGCUAGAGAGCUGCAUGAGAAGAUCAUAAAGGAGUUUCCCGAGCUCCGCACAUACCCGUUAUGGGAGAAGCCCAUGGGUUCACACCCCACCGCCAUGUUUGAAGUGGACACGUUCACCCCGCACCAGACCGGCGCGUUGUUCUCCUGGCUCGUCGUGAACCGCGGACCGUGCUCCGUCCUCGUCCACCCCAACACAGGCAACCCCCUCAGAGACCACACCGAGCUGGCGACCUGGAUCGGGAAGCAGUGGCCGUUGGACACGGAGAUUCUAAAGUCCAUUUCUGCUUGAGCGGCACCGAGCGGGUGACGAUAGGGUGUACGAUAGCUAUUUGGGGGGGAGGUGAAGGUGCUGUUGUGU